AUGGCAGCACCAAAUACAACAUCAGUCGAUGAAUUUAUUAAUGCCCAUCAUCGUUCAUUAUCAUUAUGGUAUACAAUCAAACAUUCAUGGAAAAAGAAGAAGAGAUUCUUAUCAAUUGAUCCAAUUAAUUUAACAACUCAUGAUGUUUCAACCUGGGAAAAUACAAAUCAAUGGGCAUGGGAAAAUGGUAUCGCCGAUGUUCAACCAUCAGAAAAACAUCCAGAACAAGUUGUUAUUAUUACAAAAAAAGAUGGAAAGAAAAAAGAUACUUUAAAUUUUGAAUCUGAUCAUAGAUCUGAUUUGUUAACUGAUUUACAAAGAUCAUUAUCAGUUGUAAGAGCAGCAGAGAAACAAGGUAAAUCAAUUGAUCAAAUUAAUUAUAGACAUUUGGGUAGAACUGGAUAUGUUUAUGAGAUGAGUUUACGUGAACUUAUGACUGGAUUAUAUAAGAGUUAUUCUGCAAAGAAAUUAAAACGUAAUGGUACUUGGUUAGAUGUUAAAUUAACCGUUUGUAGUUGUUCAAUUGAAGAGACAGAUGCCGAUAGUCAAGUUAAUGGUCAACAAACAAAGAUUAGAGCAUCUUACUUCUUUAAGGAUUUCACAAAGAUUGAAUCAUUGGCUGAUAAUUCAUCCGCCUUUUUAUUCUAUUUCAGUGGUGAACAAAAUCAAGGAGUUGCCUCUGACCUCUUUAUUGUAAAUGAUCCAAAAUUCAUUGAAAACAUUGUUGCCUACUCAAAGAAAUUUGUUGGUCAUGAAAUUAAAUUCUCAAAAUCUUCAACUUCACUCCAAGAGUAUCCAACCGCUCAUCGUCAUAAAAGACAUGGUAAAGAUGAUGAUGAAACUUUAGUAUCAAUCAUUGAUUUCACUGUUACUAAAAUUAGUAAUAGACAUUCAACUCCAAUUUCAAGAUUAUUAACUUUAUCAACUUCAAAAAUUGUUGAAAGAGAUUUAACAAGUUAUGCAAUCGUUACAACUAGACCAUAUAGUACAAUUGCAUGUUUUGUUAGAUAUGAUUCAGAUUCACAAAGAUUAUCAAUUCAAUAUAAAGAUGGUUUACUUAGAACUUAUACUUCAUCAUCAAGAGAUGCAUUAAUUGCUAGUGCUUUAGACUUUUGUAGAUCAGCUGGUAAUACAAAUGCAACUGUUUUUACUUCUCAAAUUGUCAGAGGUAUGAAAAUUACUCCACAUCACGUAAUUCCAAAUGAAGAUGUACAAGAAUCAUAUAUUAGAUUAUUUGAAAAUAAAACAUUUGAUUUUGAAAAUUUAUCAGUAUCACAAAUUACUUUAAGUUUAGAUGGAUUCAUUUCAAACAUUCCAUAUUCAGGUUUAAGUAAUACAUUUUCAGAAAAGAAUGGUAAAGUUGUAUUGAAUGCAAUUCAAAAGAUUUUGAGUGGAUUAAAGAUUUCAGGUUUAGGUUCAUCAUCAUCAUCAUCAUCAUCAGCUUUAUCAACACCAGGUUCACCACAAUUACCAACUCAAGAUGAUAAAAAUGAUUUAGAAUUAAUUUCAGUAGUUUUACAAAUGUUAAGAAGAGUCGUUGCAACUAGAGUUGGUUUCGAAUUAUUUACUCAUUUCCCACAUUGCAAAGUACCAUUAAUUAAUUUAUUAAGAAAAUCAAUUCAAUGUAUUGAUGAUACUAUUGCUUAUUAUGCUUUAGAUUUAUUAAUUGCUUUAAUUCAACCAGCAUUUGAAGGUGAUUACGAACCAGGUCAAUGCCAAGCAAAUAAGAGAGAAUUAUUCCUUAGUAUUGAUUUGAAUAAAACUAUAUUUGAAAUUAUUCAAAAACAUUCAUCAGCAGGUACAGGAUCAUUAGUUUUAAGUUCAGCAAUUGAAUUAUUAACAUUAUUAUUAUGUGAUCCAUAUAGUGAAACAACAGAUUCAACCAUUUUUAAUGAUUUAUUAACAAGAGUUGGUAAAUUAGGUAAAGAUUUAUUUAAAUUGUUUGUACAUCAAUGUCCAGCCAUUUCAAAGAAUGCAGGUAUGUUAAUGUCAGUUGUUAUUAAUGAAGGUGAAGAAGAAUUAGCCAAACAAAUGCAAAUCAUUUCAGUGGUUGAAGGAGCAUUAUUACGUCAUUUACAUGAUUCACUCUUUUUAAAGAUUAAUUCCAAUCAAAAUAAUCCAACCAAUCUUAGAAAUCAAUCAAAGAGAGAAAUGAGUAAACAAUUGAUUUCACUUUGGACUGCAGAGAAUAAAGUUUGUCGUCAACUUUUGGAUAGAAUUUUCCCAAGAGGUUUAGUUCAAUUCUUGGAUUCACAAGAGGAGGCACCAAAAGAACAAUUGUUAGAAAGUAAACAAGGUACAACCGGUCCAAAACAUAUUAAAUUGGGUGUGUUUGCCAAUUGGAGAAUGAAAAAGAUCAUUAAAACCAGAGAACUCAUGGCAAAGGCAACCACUCGUGUUAGAAAGGAAACUAAACCAAUGAGACCUUACAAUUGGGCAAUGUUUUUCCAUCAAUUCAAUCAAGAUCAUCGUGAUGCAAAUCUAAUUUGGAAUCAUACAACUCGUGAAGAGUUGAGAGAAUCAAUGGAUAAUGAAAUUCGUCUCUUCCAACAAGAGUUGGAAGCCGCUGGUAGAGAACCAAUCGCAUGGAAUGAUGAAGAUUUCGAGGUUCCUUAUCCAUCAUUAAAGAAGGAGAUCUCUGUCGGUGGUUAUUAUAUCUCUUUAUUGGUUGAUGGCACUAGCAAAGGUAUUAAACUCAUUAAUCCAGGUUUAUUCUUUAACGAGUUAUGGCAAAACUUCCUCUUAAAUGAAUCAGCCGAUCAAAAAGCUCUUUGUUUACGUGCAAUGACAUUGGUAUUCACUCAUUAUCAUACUCAUCCAUCAAUGACUCAUCCAUUCUCAAAUCUUUCACAUUUAAUCGAAUUACUAGAGAAUACAUUCGAUGUUAUCCUUAGAGAUCGUUUGUUAUUGUUUAUUCGUAGUUUACUUCAAGUUAAAUCAAAUGCCAAGAUUUUCAUUGAUAAUCGUGGUAUCUAUAGAUUAUUGGAUUUAAUUACAUUGAUUCAUACUCAUUACACCUAUGGUGAAGAAGGUAAACUAUUACCAGAAUGGUAUUAUGCUGUCGAUGUUCAACAAGAAGGUAGUGGUGUCAUUCAACAACAAAAAGCUGGUCCUGUCUCUAGAACCGAUCUCUUUGACUUGUUGAAUUCAAAGAAAAUCAAUAGAAAUACCAAAUGUUGGGCUCAAGGUACUGAGAAAUGGAAACCACUUUAUCAAAUUCCAGAACUUCGUUGGACCAUUAUGAAUGGUCUUACCCAUGGUAAUGUUGGUGGAGUCUUACCAAAAGCAGAAUUAGGUAGUGUAAUUUUGGAUAUCUUAAAUGCUCUCUGUAGCUUUAGACCAACACGUCAUCCAGUUACUCAUGCUGUAAUUCGUCCAUUACCAAGAGUAAAGAGAAUCAUUUGUGAACCAUUAAAUCUUCCAAGAAUUGUUCAAGUAUUAUUAUCGGGUCAAGAUAUUUUAGUAGAGAAAACUGCAACCCUAUUGGCAUCAUUAUUGGUAGAUAAUAGCAUUGUCACAAGUAAAUUCUAUUUAACUGGUGCUUUCUUCUUUAUGAUGUUAUAUCCAAAUUCAAAUGUACUUCCAAUCGUUCAAUUAUUACAAAUCAUUCAUAACAAACAACAUUUAAUCACUAGUGAUGAAUCGUUGAGUCGUCGUUCAAUUUUGUUACCAUUAUUACCAGAGGCUUUGAUUUGUUAUUUGGAGAACUAUACACCAGAGAAUUUCUCAUCUAAAUUCCUUUCAGAUAAUGAUGAUCCAGAAACCAUUUGGAAUAGUUCAAUGAGAAAAGUUAUGAGAGAAAAGAUAGAACUUCAUUUGGCUUCAUUACCACAACGUCUUCAUUCAAAUACUACAACCAUCUAUGAAUAUGUUCCAAUUCCAAAGAUUGUAUUCGAAGAGUUGGAAGGUGAAUUAUUCUGUCACUCUUUCUAUUUAUCACGUCUUUGUAACACUCGUAAGUUCCCAAAUUGGCCAAUAAAACAACCAUUAGAACUCUUUAAAUCAGUUUUAUUGGUUUGGUCUGAGGAAGCUGUAAAAGCACCACAAUCAAUGUCUGUCGAUGAGGCUUUGGAAGUCUUGAAUUUGAAACCAAAUAAAGGUGCCAAUGGUAAAGCUCACAACUAUAAAGAUGAUGAUAUUCGUAAGGCUUACUAUAAAUUGGCUGUUAAAUAUCAUCCAGAUAGAAAUCCAGAUGGUAGAGAAAUGUUUGAAAAGAUUCAAGAAGCUUAUGAACUCCUUUCCACUGUUAACAAUAUCGAUAAUGAAAGAGGUUCUGAUAAGAAGAUCUCUUUGUUAUUAUUAACUCAAGUCAUUCUAUACACUCGUUUCAUGGAUUUAUUCAGACCAUUCAAAUAUCCAGCUUAUCCACAACUUUGGAAAUUAAUUAAUGAACUCUUGGUUAAUGAUAAAGCAUUUGAUAAUACAAAUAAGACUCCAUUGAUUUCACCUGCUAUGGCUUUAUUAUAUUUAACCGUUGAAGCUUCACCAUUGAAUUCCGAAGAAAUCACUAGAAACAAUGGUGUACCAAUCAUUGCUAAAUGCUUUGAUAAAGCUGUUACCAUUACCUUCCAACCAAUUGAUAUUCCAACACUUAUCAUUCAAACUACUCCAAUCUCACCAUCAUUCGCUGGUAAACAACAUAAAGGUGAUUUACCUGAACCAAAUAAAGAUGGUUCAACCUCAACUUCCUCAACUAAUCCACCAGAUUUUAAUUCAACCACUGAACAACAAUCUGCUCCAAAAGCAACCGCUACACCAUCACCAACUACUGGUAAUGCUUUAAUCACUAUUAGAUCAUCUAAAUUCAAUAUCAAUGAUCAUCAAGAUGGUGGUGCCGAUAUUCCAGGUGAAGUUAUUGGAUCUGCUUUAAGAACCUUUGCUGUUAUGGCUAAAUUCCCAGGCUCACGUAAACAAUUGGAAGCCAAUAAUCUUUCAUUGAAAAUCUGUGAAAAUAUUUGUAAAUGUCUUUAUCUCUCCUAUAGUCAUCCACAUAUUGUCACCUAUGCAUUGGAGGCUGUUUAUCAAUUCGCCCGUGAAGAUGAUGAAUUACAACAAUCCAUUAUUAAUGCUGGUGUUACAUGGCAUCUUCUUAGAUUAUUAUAUGGUUAUGAUCAUACCCUCUUCAAUAGUGGUAUCACUGUAAACACUGAUUCCAAUAGAAUCAUGAUUGCAAAUAUUCAUGCUAAAUUAUCUUUGAAAUCUAUUAGACGUUUCUCUGGUAUUAAAUCUGAAGAAGAUAUGGAAGGUUACGUUGAACCAUCAGAUAAACCAACUGAACCAGUUAAAAAACCAGCUGCCCCUGUUGUUCAAGUUCCAAAAGGUCCAAUUGCUGUUCCAAUUCCUGAAUUAAAUGGUCAAUUACAAAUCACUGGUGGUAGUCCAACUACUCAACCACAACAAUCACAAUCUGCACCAACUACUUCAACUUCAACUCCAACUAUUGACCCAUUAGGUGGUAGUGGAGGUGUUACAAAUUCAACAACUUCAAAUUCAUCACCAACUCAACAAUCACAACCAUCACAACAACAACAACAACAACCACAACAAUCAUCAUCAUCAUCAUCAUCAUCAUCACCACCACAACAACCAGGUAAUCAACUUUCAACACAACAAAAGAUUAAUACAUCACAAAUUAAUUCAUCACCAACUCAAAACUCUCAAUCUUCAACUACAGCACAAGCUCAAAAGGAAGCUGCAGCACAAGCUCAAAAAGAAGCAGCAGCUCAACAAAAAUAUCAAAAAGAAUUAAAAGAAUACAUGGAAAAACCAGAAACUGAAUUUAAUAAGAUGGUUAGAGAUAUGGUUACAGUUUUCCUUACACCACAUAUUGUAUUGAGAUUAAAGAUGCCAAUUGGUACCAUUCCAAGUAAACAUUAUCAUAAACUUUUAACAGAAAUGAAUACUAAACAUGAAACUGCAGCAUUCAUUUGGAAUAAUUCCACCAGAGAAGAUCUUAUGGAAUACCUUAAUAAGAGAUUAGAUGAUGCCUAUUGUAAUCCAACCACAAUUCAUCCAUUCUCAACUGAUACUUUCACUUAUAAAUCAUUAUCCAACGAACUCAAAGUUGGUGGUUAUUAUUUACGUGUUUACAAUGCCAAUCCAUCAGCUCCAACCAAUGCUACCACACCAAUUCAAGAGUUGUUUGCUCAUUUGGUAGAAUUCUUGGCAAAGGAAAGAACCACCAACGAAUGUCCAGUCAGAAAUCCAGAUAAGAAACUUUGGGAUCUUUACAUUUGGAAGAUUACUCAAGCUUUAGAGUCUUUAAGAAAUGUUGUACAAUUUGGAAAAGUCAAUCCAAAUCUUUAUAAUAUGGCCGGUUCAAAUCGUAUGAGAUUGUUAUUCAGUUUCUUGGCUCAUCAAGACAAUCAAAAGAUUCAAAAGCUUGCUUUAGAGUCAUUGUUAUUGGUAACUUCCAAUAUUGAAUGUAUUAAUCAUAUCUCACAAUUGGCCACUGAACCAGAGGGUAGUUUACUUCCAUACUUGUUACAACUUUUAGCAAGACCAAAUCCUGCUACUUUGGAAUUAGCAUUAAAGGUAGAACAUUCAUUGGUUGCAAUUUCUCAACACGUUAUAGAUACCAUUAAUCAUUGUGGUUUAGUUUACUUAUUGGAUGUUUUCUCAAACAAUCAAAUUACAAUGGAAAAUCGUAUUAAAGCUGUUGGUGUUUUAGGUAGAAUGAUCAUUGAUAAAGUACAUGGUCCAAGGGUUAUUCUAUUAAUUGGUAAAUUCAUUCCACCAGUUUUCAAUUCAACAAUGACAGAGGAUCCGCAACAAACCGUUAUGGUAUUCGAUGCUCAACAUGAAAAUCCAGAGUUAAUUUGGAAUAAUAAUACACGUGCCCACUUAAAAGAAACACUUACAAAGAUGCAAAAAGAAUAUCAAGCUCAAUUGGUACAAGCAAGAACCUACAAUCUUCAUUGGAAAUUACCAUCAGAAGACUACCAAGUUUCAUAUAGUCUCGGUGGCGAGGAUGAAUUGGUCAUUGGUGGUGUUUACAUUUCAUUAUUCCUUAAACAACCAGGUUGGUCAUUACGUAAUCCACGUAAAUUCCUUUUAGAUGUUUUCGAUUUACUCUUAAAACUCGCAAGUACCUCUGAAGUUAACUCUACUUUGGAUCCAAAGAUUCAACCAUUGUCAUUGGCUAUCAUUUCAUUAUUCCAACAUCAUAAUGUUCUCUCUGAUCAAUUACCUUCCACUGGUUACAUUGAAAAGAUUCUUCCAUUAUUGGGUCAUAGUGUAUCACAAAUUCGUUCAUUGAUGAUCAAUAUUCUUCAUUCAAUGUCAGAGAGUCAAGUAUGUGUUGAUCAUUUAGCUAAAGUUGGUAAUGUUUGGAGUCAUCUCGCUAGAGCCGUCUCUUUACCAAAUGAUAACUUACCAUUGACCGCUGAAUGUAUUGGUAAAAUUUUGGCACUCAAUCGUUGUGAAAAAACUUGUCUUUCAGAACAAGCCGCUCGUAGUGACUUUAUUAAUCAAUCUUUGAAACUCUUGGAAAGAGGUAAAGGUGUAUCUCCAACCACUCAAGCUUUAAUUGUAAAUUACCUUAAGAAAUUAGAAAUGGAUCCAUUACAUGGUCAAAUUAUCACUGAAAUUUUAGAUAAAUCAGAAAUUUGGGCCUCUUAUUCUUCCCAAAGUCAUGAUCUUUUCAUUACUGGCCCUGCUGCAAAUACUGCUGGUCUAUUAACUGGUGGAACUUCUGCUACUUCUGUUGGUCUCUUAACUUCAACUUCUUUCAAUUCUACCUCCCUUGGUAAAAAUGAUGAACCACCUCCAUUACUUUAA